AUGCUGCAGGAGAAGGGCCUGUCGGAGAGCGAGGAGGCCUUUCGGGGCCCGGGCCCUGCACUCGGCGAGACCAGCUCCGCCAGCGCCGCCAGCGCCCCCGACCCCGCGCUGGCAGCGCCCGGCCUCGCCGGAGCCCCGCUCGGCAGCCCCCCGGGCCCAGGCGACGUCGCGGCCGCAGCCGCUGAACAGACCAUCGAGAACAUCAAGGUGGGUCUGCAUGAGAAAGAGCUCUGGAAGAAGUUUCAUGAGGCUGGCACCGAGAUGAUCAUCACCAAGGCGGGCAGGAGGAUGUUCCCCAGCUACAAGGUGAAAGUCACAGGCAUGAACCCCAAGACUAAGUAUAUCCUGCUGAUUGACAUCGUCCCCGCAGAUGACCAUCGCUACAAGUUCUGUGACAACAAAUGGAUGGUGGCUGGGAAGGCUGAGCCCGCCAUGCCAGGCAGGCUGUAUGUGCACCCGGAUUCCCCGGCCACUGGGGCCCACUGGAUGCGGCAACUGGUCUCUUUCCAGAAGCUGAAGCUGACCAACAACCACCUGGACCCCUUUGGCCACAUCAUCCUCAACUCCAUGCACAAGUACCAGCCGCGGCUUCACAUUGUCAAGGCUGACGAGAACAAUGCCUUCGGCUCCAAAAACACAGCCUUCUGCACCCACGUCUUUCCAGAGACUUCCUUCAUCUCCGUGACCUCCUACCAGAACCACAAGAUCACCCAGCUGAAAAUUGAAAACAACCCAUUUGCUAAGGGAUUCCGGGGCAGUGAUGACAGUGACCUGCGUGUAGCCCGGCUGCAGAGCAAAGAGUAUCCAGUCAUCUCCAAAAGCAUCAUGCGGCAGAGGCUCGUGUCCACCCAGCUCUCGGCCAAACCUGAUGUCAGCCCCCUGCAUGGGGCCCACCAGGCUCUCCAGCACUACCAGUACGAGAAUGGGGCUCACAUGCAGUUCGCUGCCGCCGAGCCACAGGACCUUCCCCUCAACACCUUCCCGGCCCAGAGGGACUCCAGCCUCUUUUACCACUGCCUGAAAAGACGAGAUGGUGCCCGCCACCUGGACUUACCCUGCAAGCGGCCCUACCUGGAAGCAUCCUCUGCUGUGGGGGAGGACCAUUACUUCCGGUCACCCCCUCCCUACGACCAGCAGAUGCUGAGCCCCUCCUACUGCAGCGAGGUGGCCCCGAGGGAGGCCUGCAUGUACUCAGGUUCUGGGCCCGAGAUUGCUGGGGUGUCUGCAGUGGAUGAGUUGCCGCCGCCCCCCCUGGGCUGUAACAUGUGGACGUCAGUCUCUCCGUACACUAGCUACAGCGUGCAGGCAGUGGAGACUGUGCCUUACCAGCCCUUCCCUGCGCACUUCCCCGCCACUACCAUGAUGCCCCGGCUGCCCGCCCUGUCGGCAGCACAGAGCUCCCAGCCCCCCACCAGCACCCCCUUCAGCGUCUACAACCAGCUCUCACAGUCUCAGGGCCGAGAACGGGGGCCCAGCGCCUCCUUCCCCCGGGAUCGGGGUCUCCCCGGCGUGUGCGAGAGGAAGCCGCCCUCCCCACACCUGAACGCUGCCAACGAGUUCCUCUACUCCCAGAGCUUCUCCCUGUCCCGGGAGGCGUCACUACAGUACCACUCAGGCGUGGGUGCUGUGGAGAACUGGACUGAAGGCUGA